AUGUUCUUACACAGAUAUUUUGCGAUCCUUCCGCAGAACCAUUCGCUAAAGCUUGGUUUUUGGAACACAAUAAUCGUCUUUACGGUGCUUCAAAUGACGCCGUAUGUCCAGUUCAUUCCCUUGUACACAUAUUCUUGGAGCAACACUGACAUGACCGAGAACAAGCAAUACUACGGGACUUUAUAUCCAGCGUUGCAAACCAUCAUUGGCACCGAAGGCUUCCUGGCGUUAAUGCCUCACAAGUGUGCUGGGAUUGCCUUGCCUUUGUUUUACCUUGUUUCUUCGAAAAACGCAACAUCGGCAUGUCGCAAGGCGUCG